AUGGCCGAGUCAGGCUCCCUCCAGUGGACCAUUAUACUCGUCCUGACCGCUCUUUUGCUGUCCGCGGUCGUCCUCGGCCAGAUCGCCUCCGUCUACACGGCCGCAUACCUUGCCGCGCCUCAGGAGAUUGCCACCUUCAUCGACACGGCCGACUUUUCCAUCCAGGAAAAUGAAAGCUACGAUCGUGACGUCGCCAAGACGCAGCGCCUCGAGGACAAGAUCCGUCUGGGCCAGUUGCUCCGCGAAAUCCAGAAGGCUGGCGACGACUUGCGCGAGGACCUCAACGGAAUGAUGAUUGAAGAGGGCACUACCAAGCUGAGGGCCGGCGCGCGGCUGCUGUGGGCAUCGAAGCGAUCACAACUGGCAGAUCGGGUGCGGAGGCUGGACUUGCUGCGCAUGCGCUUCCUCGUCGUCUAUAUGGGCGUCAUCGCCUCCAACUCAGAGAAACAUCAUCCCCCCACUACUCCCAAGGAGCCGGAGAAGUCCAUCUCCGCCUUCCGGACACCACCCCGGCCACCACCCCGAGCACCAGCUCUUCCCAGGGCCCUGACAGACGGCAUUAUCAAUCGUCCUCCGCUUCGUAGGUUGACGACCCAGGUAACCGGUCACAAUGAGCAUAUCAUGACCCCUCCCAAGAAAGGUUGGGCCGGCGUCGUGGAGGAGCUUCAGACGUCACCCCUGAUGCACAAGCGCCAUGCCUCAAUCGAGCGCCACAUGUCAAGAGCAUCGAAGACGCCUUGA